UCAAGCGUCUUCGACAUUCCACUAGAAGUUUCGGGAAAUAUUAAAAUAACAACAAUGGCAUCAGCGUCUGACAUGGGCGAUUUAAUGAAUAGAUUGGAAAACCUACCUGUCGAAUUACAGCAAAAUCUCACUUUGAUGCGAGAAAUCGAUUUGAGAGCUCAACAAGUGAUCAGCGAUAUUGGCAAACAGACCGACAAAUAUUUUAAGUCAAAAGCAUACUUGACAGAUAAAAAUAAAAAAAAAAUGAACCGCAUACAAGGUCAAUUUGACAAGGCCAAAGCAUACGGCGACGACAAAGUUCAAUUGGCUAUACAAACGUAUGCAUUGGUGGAUGAACAAAUAAAAAAACUAGAUGCGUAUUUAGCGCGGUCCAGUGAUACAUUUGACGAUACAGCGAUCGACGCCACAAAACAUAUGCAGGGUGGUUCACAAAAUAAAAAACUUCGAAGGACUAAGAAAAAUGGACAUUCGGUCAAAAUAUUCGACAUGCCUGUUGAUCCAAAUGAACCGAAGUAUUGUUUGUGUCAGCAAGUUUCCUAUGGAGAUAUGAUAUGCUGUGAUAACCCAGAAUGUUCUAUUGAAUGGUUCCACUUCGAAUGUGUCAAUUUAACCACCAAGCCUAAAAAAAAAUGGUUCUGUCCAAACUGCAAGAAGACGGACAAAAAAAAAUUAGCUAUUUUUAAAAAGAAAUAAGUUUGUCUUUUUAAUAAUAUUCAUAUACAUAUAUUUGUUCGUUUAGAGGUUAGUUCAUUAUAAAGUAAUAGUAAUAGUAAUAGCGAUUAAUCGUAAAUAUUUAAAUUUGACAGUUAUUAUCAUUAGGAAAAUAGAGAUUUAGAUUAAACUUAAACAUUCUACUGUAUCUGCACUCUCAGUUUAUUUCUUUAUUGUUAAUUUAAAAUUUAAUAUAUAAUUCAUAUUAAAAAUUAAUAAAAUUAAUCAUUAUAAUAUUGGUGUUCUUAUGUAGAAAAAAUGUAUGUAUGGGAGUAAAGAGAAGUUUCUCACCUUAUAGUUAGAUAGUAUAUCACAAUUAUUAUUCAUUAAUUGUAGAAAUGCAUAUUAUAUAUUUACAAUA